GUGACGUCACUAGUUGUUGACAUUUUGCUCCGCCAUUUUUAUGACGAUCACCGGGCAAGAAAUAAUACGUCUGGAUGGUUUAUUGAAAUACAAUUUAUCCAAGGGUUUCCCAGAGCAGGGUCUGUGGAUUUCCACAGAAGAUAGGUCAUUAAUUCUUUAAAGGAAGAACAGAUACACAAGAAAUUAGUAGAGUCCAAAAGAGAAGAUCUUGGAUAGUGAUUGUGUUUGAUUGGACGGUGCCAUCAGCAAUAUAUAUGCCAAAUGCAUCUUAAAAUGGCAUAUGCUGAUGAACCGACUAGUCUGGAGUGCAUCAACAAGUCGGACUUGUUCCCCAAAAAGAAGCUGGUACGGGAGGAUGACUCCCUACAGGUCCCCACCCCCCUCCUUCCUGGAGAAGCCGCAGAGUUCCUGGGGAAAACAACCGACGGGGUUAUUGUCCUCUCCAAUUAUCGGCUGCUAAUAACUUUCAAGGCGUCGUUUGUCAAUGUUCCAAUCGGAAUGAUUGAUUCAGUGGAGAGGACAGACAUCUUUUUCCUGAACAUCUACUGUAAAGACGCUACAGUGGCAAGGUGUGGCUUCAGUGACAAUGAUGCUUGUCAGGCCUGGUUUCUGCGGAUCUCUGCUAAAUUGAACGCUCCCAAACAGCUCAAUGAGUUUUUUGCCUUCACUUUUCACGCUUGGUGCCAAGACCGUAACCCUGGAUCAACAGAACCAGAAAACUGCUUUCAGCUGUGCCAAAAAGAUGAGAGCUGCACAUACAGCUUUGGGAAGGAGGUAGAGAGACAGAAAUUUGAUUUAAAGAGUGGUAAAGCUUGGAGAAUCACUUACAUCAAUGAAGACUUUAAUCUCUGUCCAACAUACCCUAAGAAUCACAUUGUGCCAGCCAGUAUCACAGAUGAAGACAUCAAAAGUUCAGCUGGGUUCCGUGCUCUGAAACGGUUUCCUUCUGUAGUAUGGAGAAACCAAAGAAAUGGUGCAGUCCUUGUAAGAUGUAGCCAGCCAGAGAUAGGAUUCUUUAAUUGGAGAAACACACAGGAUGAGAACCUGAUGAAAGCUUACAUUGAUGCUUGUCAACAGAAUCCAGGGAAGAGUCAGAAGAAACUGCCUGUCAGUGAGGAUUCCAGUGGCUCAGAAUCUGGGUCACAGAGUGGGGAUGACCUAGAUGAAGCAGAUAAGAAAGUUGUGAUCAUUGACUGUAGAUCUUAUCGAGCAUCCAUGGCAAACAGACUGAAAGGGGGAGGAGUAGAGUGUGUAGAGUAUUACACAUCCUGUGAGAUCCAGUUCAUGAAUCUGGACAACAUCCAUGCCAUAAGAAAAGCAUUCACACAGUUACGACAACACUGCAGUACAGCUUCUGAUCAGCUCAACUGGCUGUCUGGAUUGGAGGGAACAAAGUGGAUGACGUACCUGUCUAACCUGUUGAGGACGGCCAGUCUGGUGGUGAAUGUGAUGAGUAAGGAGGGCAGGUCGGUGGUGGUCCAUUGCUCAGACGGCUGGGACAGAACUUCUCAGAUUGUGGCUCUAGCAGAGCUGAUGAUGGAUCCUUAUUACAGAACAAUUGAGGGCUUUCAAGUACUGGUGGAGAGGGAGUGGUUAGAAUUUGGCCACAAGUUUGGAGACAGAUGUGGUAAUGGUGUAAACUGUGAAGAUCCUAAUGAGCGGUCACCAGUUUUCCUGCAAUGGCUUGACUGUGUAUAUCAGCUUUACAAACAGUUCCCUUGUGCAUUCCAGUUCAAUGAAGCAUAUCUGAUUAAAUUGGUUCAGCAUACCUAUUCCCACUUGUUUGGCACAUUCUUGUGUAACACAGUCCAGGACAGAUUGAAAGGAGAAUUGUCAGUACAGACUUCCUCUGUGUGGUCCCUUCUUCAUCCCAGUAACACCCACUUCUACAAUCACCUGUACAGACCUAAUGUAGAUCAACAGGUGUUGAGGCCAAAAUUUGAUGUACGAGGUUUGGCUUUGUGGACAUCAGUUUACUUUUCCAAUUACUCAUGUUCAACUGACCUCAAAGACUUGGGAUGUGAUCAGCCAGAGAUACAGCAGGAGACGACUUGUGGUAACUUACAGAAAACACGGUCCUGUGAGAAUCUGGCAGGCUCAACACAGGAAGCCAUCAGUAGUCCCAGUCGACGCAAGAGUGACCCCAGCAUUACGUUAGAUAACUUUGACCCUUCUCUUCUGACAAAAGACUGUGAUAAAACUUCUAGCAAUACUUGUGUUUCCAAUGGAACUGUUGUGUCAGAGGAUAGCCAUAUUGAUAGUGAAAAGGACAGUAAAACAUUGAUUGAUAAUGGUCAGAAUGGAGACAUUUCUGUGAACGGAUUAGUUACUAAUGGAUUAAAUGGCCACUGUAGUGAUUUAGAAGAAAAUUUAACAAAUGGAAAGAAUGAAAAUCAUAGGGAAAAUGGUGCAGAAAGUCCAGAAGAAAAUGGUUUGGUGAGUGAACAGUGUAAUGGAAAUUCUCGCUUUCAUCAGGAGGUAGAUGUUCCAUCAACAAGUCAAAAUAUCGAAUGUUCAACAGACACCCUUACUGACACUGAGGGCAAACCUAGUGAAAAAUGUGAACUUCAAAUAAAUGGUUCAAAACUGGAACCCAAAUUAAGCCUGGAACAAAUAAAAACACUAGAAAAGAGUGCGAGUAUCAGCACCAGCACUAGUGACAUAUCCAAUUCUAGUGUGGAUUUGAAACUUCCAGUGGACAAUGUGUACAGUAUUCAUCGCUAUCUUUAUCGAUCAACACCUCUUAGACUGAGCUGCAAUUCCAAUGGAUCAAUCCAGUCCAGAAGUACAUACAAGACUUCUCCUACCACGCCAGCAAAUUCACGGAGUUCUACUUGCCCUCCAACACCAGCUACUGACAAGUCCAUUGAUUCCCAGUUUGGUAACAAAAUGGGGCGUCUUAGUCGACAUUUAGAUGCAGAUGGACUCACGACUUUUAGUGAUCCAGUCCAGCAAGGCAUCCAGAAAAUAAAGGAAGAUUAUGAACGAGAAAUUCAGAUGAUCCGAUCUCACCUGGCUGCGGCCAAUGCAGCUCUUCUUCAGCACGCAUCUGCUUGCAGUGGGGGAGUUAGAUGCAUUUUAGAUAAAGAAGAAAUGCUUCUCUCGCCAGACGUGAAUGGGGAUUUUAACUCUUUAGGAAGUAAUGCGGCAUCAGAUGUCAGCUGGGAAAACAUUGACGAGAGCGAGUCCAAGAUGAUUCGCUGGGUGCCAGAUCACGCUGUCACUCACUGUGCUGAGUGUGAGGCUGGCUUCAGCUUACUAGUCAGAAAACAUCACUGCAGGAACUGUGGAAAUAUCUUCUGUGGGAAUUGUUCCGAGAACUUCAUCACAAUCCCUCAACAGAAUUUGAUGACACCAGAACGAGUGUGUAAUCGCUGCUUCAGUCACCAUCAGAUGAUGUCAAAACAUGCAUGGACGGCCAACGGAGUCGUGGAUGAACGACCUCUGGCUUAUGCGGCUUCAAACUAGGGCUUCUACAUUUGUUUUCUGUUAAAUGUGUGCAUAAAUGUAUGGUGAAAAUUGUUAUGUCAAACAUACAUGUUUUCUCUUGCUGAAUGAAUUCUUUGUUAUUUAAUGCUAAUUAUGUGAGACUGAUUUUCUGUACAUUUGUCUUUGUUUAUAGGUCAUGAUUCUUUUUCAUUUGUCAAUCUUUUUCCAUUCUGUAUUUUCUUACCAUUCUCUGUCAUCAAUAAACUAUUUUGGUACAGAUUUUUGUAUGUAAAUGGAAAAAUUGUCUAUAACGAACAACAAACUAUAAAAAAAAAAUGACAUACAAGACCCAUAAGUUACCCUUAAAGCUUUUAUAAUUUGGUGUAUUUAACAAACACAUGGCCCAGUAUUGCUGAGAAAAAAUUAAGGGAGAAUAUUUGAUUUGAACUUUGUUUUGAUUGAUUAAAGCUCAGAAAUGAUCUCAAGUACUGUUGAUUUCUGUUAAUUAUAAAUACUCAUGUGGAAAAGCAAGCUUGUGAUGGUUAGUUGUUAAGUUCUGAUGUACAUGGAUUCGAGAUGUAUAAAUAUGUGCAGUACACACUGAAAAAGAAAGCACUUACAUAUAUAGAGAAAGUAAAACUGUUUGUCACAUUCUAUUAUUUACAGGUUUGUAUUUUGAACUAAACUUUUUCAAAAAAAGUAGAUAUUAAGAAAUUAGGGAUAAAUAAAAAUGAGUUCAUUUACAUGUAUUUGGGUAUGAUAACCAAGAAUCAAGAAUUCAAGUGCAAUUAUAAAACUUCUAAACACUUAAUAAACAGUAAAUGGCCCAGUGUUCCUCUUCAUUCUUGAAUUGUUUGACACCAUUAUACCAAAAGGAUCUUUCUACCCUUCAGAUAUAAUCAUAUAUAAUAGAUUUUUCUGCUUUUGUGUACAUAUGUUCAUAUUUUUUUGAAUAUUUUUUGUUUGGUUGAUAGUGCUACAUUUCAUUUCAUGACACCAUUAAGAUGUGGAUUAGGUCAUCUGUUACAUUUUGUCACAUUUUAUUUCAUUAUGGCGGGAAUGUGAUUCUCAUUGUGAAAUUUAGGAACAAUUUCCUGACGAUAAUUCCAAAGAUCUACAAAAUUUUAUGAUAGGGCUUUGAAGAAGGAUUUAUACCUGUUAGUAGUAGGUAGAAUUUGGUUUUGUAACAUGACAUUCAGUGGUCAUCUAUCUCUCAAUAUAAAUAGAGAUACUAAAUUAAAAAUAUUUUUAAUUUUCGAACAACAAAAUUUGAAAACAAUGACAUUUUCCCAUAAAUUAAGAUAAAUUUGGAAAAACGAAAGAAUAUCUGCAGAAAUAUUGAAAAUGGUGAGAUUUACAUGUACAUUUAAGUUUAGACCCUGGAUUUUCUGUAUUAAUGUCUGGUUGAGACCAAAUAAAUAGAUGCCAUUUUUAUUGUUGAAGUUUAGAGGAGUUCAUUUCAUCAAGUAUUAUGUACAUGUAAAGGAAUAAAUGUACUGUUAAUUUAGAUAUUAUUAAAUAAUUAUUUUUUCUACAUUGAAUUGUUAUUAUAACUAUACAGUUAUAUUGUUAAAAGUCAUUUUUUCAUGUUUUUGUUCAUUUAUUUUUCAGUAAAGUAACUUAAAAUUUAAUCUUUAAAAAUCCCUUUAAAUACAUAUACUUCUCGUGUCACUUUGUAAUUAUAACAAAUUUACAUUUUAAACAAUAGAAAUGAAAUGUGUCAUUUUAAAAGUAAAAGAAUGCAUAUUUUGUGUACAUUAGGUAAUAAUGUUUCCGCUGUAAACAUGUGCAUGUAUUGUACUAGGGCUGCUCAAAGUGUAAAAGAAAAUGAUAAGGAUCAGGUCAUAAAUCGAAGUAUUUAUAACACCUCUGAUAUAAUUUGAAUAUGUAUAUAUACCUGUACAUGUAUUUCAUGAAAAGGAUUCAUAAAAUAUUUGUAUAUUUUGGUAUAAUCGCAUGUUCUUGAGAAAAUUCAUUAUGUUUUAUGGAAAUUAAUGUAAAUUACUACUGAAAAAGAUUUGGAGAAAGAUUAUUUUUAAUUUGUAAAAUGCACUCUGUAACAUUUUGCUUUCACACAUUUUCUGAUCUUUUUUGGUGCUUGAUUUGCUAAAGACUCUUUUCAAAGCUAUGUAUGAUCUUCUCAGUUGUAUGUUCUGCGUAAAGCAAACUGUCAUAAAACAUUUAAAGGGAAAAA